AUGAUUCCAACUAAUUCCGAAAACCACCAUCAGAAUGCAAUCGAGGAAAACAAAAAACAUUUCAACAAGGACAUGGUCAAACUCUAUGAUAGACAUAGCAUUGAAUUGUCUGGGGCACACUAUAUCCUAACAAAAUUAUUGUUAGGUUUUGAUCCAGUGAACUUUCAUCCAAAGUUGGAUCAUUCGAAUGACAAAGAUUCAGAAUCACUUGGUGAUAGAAAUUUACCAGUUUUCGGCUACUCAAAUAAAGACUUUUAUGUCCCAGAUUACGAAAAUCCUAAAAACUCAAAUUUACUAUUCAAUCCAAACAAGUCUUUUAAUGUAUUGGAUUUUGCUUGUGGCACAGGUUUAGUGUCUCAAUUGAUGGUUCAGAACAUUGGUAAAAAUAGUAAAUAUGUUGGUAUUGAUAUAUCUGAUGAUGCUUUAGAGCUAUUUAAUGAGAAAUGCAAACAUUUAAGUGAGUCCGGUUAUAACAUUCAAAGUUAUAACCUUGAUAUUGUAUCUGAAAAUUUUGAUUCAUCCUUGGUUAGGGAAAACGAUUUUGAUGUUGUGCUUUGUACUUUGGGUUAUCAUCAUUUUCAUGAUUUAGAUAAAGUAACUCAUCGAUUAUCAACCUUUUUAAAAAAAGAUGGUUGGUUAAUUAUUAUUGAUAUUCAUUCAAAAGAUCUUGAUAGUUACAAGAUCGAGGAUUUUAACAAGCCCAAAAUUGAAAAACAAACUUCAGGUAGUGUUCAACAUAUUGGUGGUUUACCAUACAAUCAAAUCAAAAAUUCUUUCAAUUUAUCAGGUAAUCUUAAAAACUAUAAAAUUUAUUUAAGUGAUUCGUUUUGGACUUACAUGCAUUCUGGGUUUAUGGCAAAUCAUUCUCCAAAACACAUCUUAGAAAUGCUAAAAAAUGAUCUUUUAGAAUCAAUAAAAUUUGAUGGCUCUAUCAAUUACUUGAUUCCUCAAGAUUACAUUGUUGCUGCUGCCCAGAAAGUUUAA